GGUUGGAGUGCGCCUGCGCGGAAGCGCCGCCAUUUUGGCCGUGCUGAUAGUCUGAUGUUGUAAGGAAGGCUGAGCCGAGGCCGAGCAGCGCGUCGCGAAAUGGCCAAUAUCGCAGUGCAGCGAAUUAAACGAGAGUUUAAGGAGGUCUUGAAGAGCGAAGAGACUAGCAAAAAUCAAAUCAAAGUAGAACUCGUAGAUGAAAACUUUACAGAAUUGAGGGGCGAGAUUGCAGGGCCUCCUGACACACCAUAUGAAGGAGGGCGUUAUCAACUAGAAAUUAAAAUUCCAGAAACAUAUCCAUUUAAUCCUCCAAAGGUUCGGUUUAUUACAAAAAUCUGGCAUCCAAAUAUUAGUUCAGUAACAGGAGCUAUUUGUUUGGAUAUUUUGAAAGAUCAGUGGGCUGCUGCAAUGACUUUAAGGACAGUUUUAUUAUCAUUACAAGCCUUACUGGCAGCAGCAGAACCAGAUGAUCCACAAGAUGCAGUCGUGGCACAACAGUACAAACAAAAUCCAGAGAUGUUUAAACAGACAGCCCGACUCUGGGCGCACGUAUAUGCUGGAGCACCUGUUCCUAGCCCCGAGUACACUAGAAAGGUAGACAAACUGUGUGCUAUGGGCUUUGAUAAAAAUGCAGUAAUAGUGGCCUUGUCUUCACAAUCCUGGGACGUGGAGUGUGCAACAGAACGACUUCUCAGUAACUGAUGAAUUUGGGAUCCCUUCUGUACCCAGAUGCCCUUUCACUGACAAACACCUCUACCCUUUGUUCUUUCUGGGUUCUGCAUAGAUUCCAUUUUAAACAUCACUGUAAUAUGUGAUAGUCGCUAUAAACGAGACUGGAUUCGAUGCUCUGUAAAUAAAGCUCUCAAAAGAUCUGUGUAAAUUAAAACAAAGGGGAAACGUGAAAUACAUUUUAAUUUUUUUUCCUACUCACCAUUGUAAGGAUCCUGAGUUUGAGUUGCAUUCAUCCCUGAAGAUGACACACACAUCUGCUUUAGUACAGUUUAACAAAGUGACCAAGGCUUUUGAUUGCAUCAAUUUGUUUUUGAUAAUAAAGACAUGUAAUGUGGCCUGCAUUCUAGAAAAUGGUUGUUUUCUAUUUUUUGAAUGUGUCAUGGCUUCUGCAGCCAUUACUUGUAAUACUUCUGAUCAGAGAUAAUAUUUAGGCUGCUUUACUCUUUAAUCGUGACAUUAAUACACAAGUUAAUGCAAAGACAUUCAUGAAUGUUAAUUUUCAUGGUUAUUAAAUCAAAGGUUGAAGAGUGUGCCUGAUCAUGACGGGAUUACUUAAGUAUUCUCCCAUGGCUGCAUUGUUCUCUGAAAUGUUUUGCUAUGACACAAUCAAAAAGAGUUUGACAGGCUAGGUUUUCUUAAAUUAUUACGGCUGUUAAAUAAUGCGAUCACUAUUUUAAAUUACUUAACAGCCGCUUGAGUAUUCACUCCCUGCUUGUGAUUCACAAUUUCUGUAAUUAACUUUGGAGGCUGUGGUGGCUCUUCUUUUCUGUAUAUAAUUUAAAGUUCAUGCAGAAAUAGAGGUGUUAUUGAUCAGAUUGUCUGCACUCUGUCCAAUUUCUCUGAACAUUCAAAUAAUGGGAUUUUCCUGUAUAUACAGCGAAGCUUUCUAUUCGUAUUAAAAUGGUGUUUCAUCCUAA